AGGAAGUGUGUAUGGCACGAAGGGGGUGAUCACAGCCAGCCGUUCCAUGGAUGAUAACGGAGAGCGGAGCCCGCUGCUGGGCGGCCGCUCCGAUUCCUUGUCUCCUCCGGCACCGGGGUCGUCGGUGUUCUCGGGCCGCCGUUUGGCCUGUGCCGCGGUUUUGCUGUCUGAGAUGCUGGAGAGGGUGGCGUUCUAUGGCAUCACUUCCAACCUGGUGCUCUUCCUCAAUGGACCCAUCUACAACUGGGAGGGCACCGAGGCCAGCCAGGCUCUGUUGCUCUUCAUGGGGAUCACUUACCUGGUGUCACCGUUCGGGGGAUGGCUGGCCGACGCGCUGAUCGGCCGCUUCCGGACUAUCCUGAUGAGCAUGGUGCUGUACCUGCUGGGCAUGCUGCUCUUCCCGCUUCUCACCUAUCCGGCGACACGAUCUGUCUUCUGCGGAAACCUGCCCCUGGUCAAUGUGGACAACUGCAGCACCGCCAAUACUUCUUCCAUCAAUGGGUCCUUCAUAUCCUGCAAAGACCAAAGCCUGAAAUACUGUGCCACCCCGCUCUUCAUAGCACUGGUCGUCGUGGCGCUGGGAGUCGGCUCCGUCAAGGCCAACAUCACCCCAUUUGGAGCAGAUCAGGUGAAAGACCGUGGACCUGAGGCAACGCGUAGAUUUUUUAACUGGUUCUACUGGAGCAUCAACUUGGGUGCAAUUGUGUCUCUUGGUGGGAUAGCUUAUGUUCAGCAGAAUGUGAGCUUUCUCAUAGGAUAUAUUAUCCCUGCAGUUUGUAUUGGAGUUUCCUUUCUUGUGUUUAUAUGUGGACAUGCCGUCUUUGUUACAAAGCCAGCUGAUGGAAGUGCCUUCACCGACAUGUUCAGAAUAUUGGCAUAUGCCUGCUGCAGGCGGAAACCUUCUACAGAGAACUCAAGGCACAUCAUCCAAACCAACGGUUCAAGUAGACCUAACCAAAGCUGUUUGGAUAUGGCCAAGGCUUCUCGUGGAGGACCGUUUCGAGAAGACAAAGUGGAAGAUGUGAAAGCGCUUGUGAAGAUAAUACCAGUGUUCUUGGCCCUUAUUCCUUACUGGACUGUGUAUUUUCAGAUGCAAACCACAUACGUCCUUCAGAGCUUCCAUUUGGUAAUCCCAGAGAUUUUUGCCAGUGAAAAUCAUACGUUUCCAGCAGCAUGGCUCACCAUGUUUGAUGCAGUUCUCAUUCUGAUCCUGAUACCGCUGAAAGAUAAGGUGGUGGACCCAGUUUUGAAAAGGAAAGGCUUGUUACCAUCGUCUCUGAAGAGGAUUGCUGUGGGAAUGUUUUUUGUAACCUGUUCUGUUCUGGCUGCAGGUAUUCUGGAAAGUAAAAGACUGGAGAUUGUAAAAGUGGAUAUUAAGCCCCAAACGAUUGGAAAUGUCACCUAUUAUGCUGCUGAUCUUGCCAUAUGGUGGCAGUUACCUCAGUACCUUCUUAUUGGCAUCAGUGAAAUAUUUGCAAGUAUAGCAGGGCUUGAAUUUGCUUACUCAGCGGCACCUAAAUCUAUGCAGAGUGCCAUUAUGGGCCUUUUCUUUUUCUUUUCUGGAAUUGGAUCGUUUGUGGGCUCUGGACUUCUAGCUAUAGUGUCUUUACCUUCAGUUGGAUGGAUGAGCAGUCAUGAAGAUCAAGGCAACAUCAAUAAGUGUCAUUUGAACUAUUAUUUCUUUCUGCUGGCUGCUGUGCAGGCAGUGACACUCCUACUUUUCCUCAUCAUUUCUGUGAAAUAUGAGCGCCAACAAAGCAAAGCAAAUGGAAAGGUGUGA